GGGCAUCGCCUACGACUUCCUCAUGACCUACAUCUUCAAGCUGGCCCACGAGAACAAUCCUGAGCUGCAACUGGAGUUGCUUCAAGGUCUGCCCCAUUUUGCCGUAUCCAAGGACAACGUGCCCAUGAUUCUGAACACCAUUCGAAUUUUGUCCACCGAGAAUGGUACCUUCUGUGUGGACCUGUAUCUACGACUGUGGCGCGUGGAGUCGAGCACCUAUCCCUUCCUGCUGAAGCAAGUGGCUCAACCGCUGCCGGAGGGCGAUAAGCGCUGGGAGCUUCAAGUAGCCCGAGCACAUGCCAUGCGGGAAAUCUGCCAGGAAAAGCCAACAUUGCAUGGAUCGGAGCUGCUACCUCACCUUAGCAAUACGUUAAACAGCUGCACCGAUGAAUCGGGGGAUCUGGCUACGUCUCUGGCGUUGGAUGCUCUUUAUGCCUUGUGUGACAGCCACACUGUCAAUAUUGCUUCCACCUGGCACGCUCUGGGCAGCAAGUUUCGCGGCGAACAGCGUCCACAGACCCUUAGGUCUCUGUACCAUUUCUUUGGCUUGGUUCCGCUGCUGCAGACACCCACACUGGAGUACGAGAAAGUUGCGGAUGAUGCCCUAGAGCAGCUGUGGCAGGCCAUCAGUCGACCGGGAACAGAUGCGGCACAGGUUCGCAAUGCUCUGGCAGCCUAAAGAGCUAUGAGCCAGGAAGCACGCUCAACCUGCAGCACAUUCCGGCUCAGUUUCGUUUUGAGAUUGUCGGUGGAGCAGUGGGAGGACUUAGUGGCCGAGAGGUGGUGAAUCUGCAGAAAGAGACCGUCCCCGGCGAGGUGUGGGUGCAGCUACUACAGAAGAUUCGCCCGGAAUGUGGAGAUGCAGCAGCUGAUCUGAUUUCCCAUCACAUAAGCAACGAAAUAAACGGCUUUCGGAGCGGAGUCUACCGCCUGCCCGAGGGCAAGCCGGAGCCACGCAAGCUAGUGGGUUUGUUCGGGACCAGCCCGCUCCGUGCAGU